UUACCAUUUCCUCUCAAUAUAUUGUGAAUCCACUGAACCUAGUUUACGGUGAAGAAAACCAUAACCUGUUCAAAAAAGAAGCAGAAGGAACAACCAGAAAAAAAGGGGCUGAGAGAGGGUGGUGGAAAGGGUCAGAAGUGUCAUAAGACAAAGCAAGAAGAGAAGUUUACCAGUUCUUGAAUAAUUCAUAAGGGUUCCUCAACAAGAGGGUGGUAUAGGGGGGUGGGGUUUUAGCAAAGUUAUGCGUGCAGGAGCUUCUUGUGCAGUUCAACAGACCCUCACAUCAGAGGCUGCUUCUGUUCUGAAGCACUCUCUAAGCUUAGCGAGGAGGAGAGGCCACGCACAGAUCACACCUCUUCAUGUGGCUGCAACUUUACUGAGCUCAAGAGUGAGUUUGCUGAGAAGGGCUUGCCUCAAAUCUCAACCUCGUCAAGCUUCUUCACAUCCUCUUCAGUGCAGAGCACUUGAGCUUUGCUUCAAUGUUGCUUUAAACAGGCUUCCAACAACUCCUGGUCCUAUUUUGCAUGGCCAGCCUUCUUUGUCCAAUGCCCUGAUUGCUGCACUCAAGAGAGCUCAAGCUCAUCAGAGGAGAGGUUGCAUAGAACAGCAGCAACAGCAGCCUCUUUUGGCCAUUAAGGUUGAGUUGGAGCAGCUUGUUUUAUCAAUCUUAGAUGAUCCAAGUGUUAGCAGGGUUAUGAGAGAAGCUGGUUUCUCUAGCACUGCUGUGAAGAAUAACUUGGAAGAUUGUUCAGUUUCUUCAGUUUUUCAGUGCUAUAAUAGCUCUGGUGGGAUUUACUCUACUCCAAGUUCUCCUCCCUCUGAAAAUCCUAAUAGCAUUUGGCAUUCUCAUUUCUUGUCUUACACCUCUGAGCAAAACCCUCUUGUAUUUUCACCUCAAAAGAUACUUCCAAGGAAUCCCAUUAACAUAACAGAUACUCCAGCAGUUUCUGUUAAAGAAGAUAUCAAGUUGGUUGUAGAGGUUCUGUUGAGGAAGAAAAGGAAGAAUACUGUCAUAGUUGGUGACUCAGCGUCUAUAACUGAAGGUCUUGUUACAGAAUUGAUGGGAAAAGUAGAAAAAGGAGAUGUUCCCGAGGAAUUAAAAUCUGCCCAUUUCAUCAAAUUCCAUUUCUCAGCAGCACCCUUAAAGUUCAUGAAGAGAGAAGAAGUUGAAUUAAAUGUAUCAGACCUCAAGAGAAAGGUGGAAACUCUAGCAUCAGGAGGUAAGGGAGUGAUUAUCUAUACAGGUGACUUGAGAUGGACAGUUGAGAAUACUAUGAGUGAAGGAGAGGAUACUGGAGGAUUCUGUUCUAAAGAAUAUUCUGGUUAUAGCCCAGUCGAUCAUCUUGUUGGGGAGAUAGGAAGGUUACUUUCUUGCUAUAAUAACUCAAACACAAAGGUUUGGUUAGUGGCAACUGCAAAUUACCAAACAUAUAUGAGAAGCCAAAUGAAGCAACCCCCUCUUGACGUUCAGUGGGCUCUUCAAGCUGUUUCAGUUCCUUCAGGUGGAUUAGGGCUGAGUCUCAAGGCGACGAGUGUUCAAGACACAAGUCUCGCCAGCUUAUCAAAAAGCACCUUUGAAGUAAUUGAGCAAAAGCCAAACGUUGCCAAAGAGGAACAAUUAGAAGCAUUUAUUUGUUGUCCAGAUUGCACCUCCAAUUAUGAGAAAGAAGUUAGCUUCAACUCUAACCAGAAUUCUUGCAACACCAAGGACAGUGACCUGGCAUAUUGGCUCAAACCACCUGGGAGGAAUGUAGCAGAGAAGGAUGAGACAGUGGAAUUGAAGAGAAAAUGGAUCAAACUAUGUCAAAGCCUGCACCAGGUGAGGCAGAACCAAAAUCAUACAAGAUCUGCAUUCAGCAAUCAGUGCUCCCCUGGAAAGAACCAAUCUUAUAAUUCGUAUCCAUGGUGGCCAAGUUACAACAGUAUGUUCGUGGAUUCGAAGUCGAUCUCAUUUGCUCAUACAAGCUUGAAGCCUAAUCAAAAUUCAAAUUCAGUACCUCGGUUCAGAAGGCAGCAGUCUUGCCAUAUUGAGUUCAAUUUUGGCAGCGGAAAUUCUAAAUGUACAGAAGAACCAAAUUUGGAUUCUCUCAGGCUUAAGGAAGAUAAAGAUGAAAAGAUCACCUUGGCUCUGGGAAAUUCUCAAAUCUCUGAUGCUGUAAACUCAACAGAGAAAGCAAAUGAAGACGCUGAUCUAUGCAAGUUGUUGCAAGAAAAUGUGCCUUGGCACUCGGGGAUCAUUCCUGCAAUUGUAGAAGCAUUGAUGAACUCAAAAGAAUCGAAGAAAGAUACUUGGUUAGUCAUUCAGGGCAAUGACCUGGUAGGGAAAAGAAGAAUUGCAUUGGGGAUAGCUGAAUCGCUUAUUGGUUCUGCUGAUUUGCUGUUUUACAUCAAUCUGAGAACAAGACAGAACACGCCUGGGAAGUGCUCCGAAGUGCUUCAAAAUGUCGUAAGAAAUCAUGGGAGACUAGUUGCUGUACUGGAAGAUAUUGAUUUUGCUGAUCCUGAUUUUCUUGAAUUUCUUGCUGAUAGCAUCAGAGCUGGUAAAAUGGGAUCAUUCUAUAAGAAAGAUGGAAGCUCUUGCGAGCCCAUUUUCAUCUUGACAAAGGCUGAUCUUUCAUGUUACGACAAUGAGAGCAAAAAGAUGGAUCCUGUAAUUCAGAUGGAAAUUUUGCUGACUGAAAGAACUUCCAAUUCCACAGUAUUUGGCCCUGAUCACAAGCGUAAAACCGAUUGGGAUUUUCCAGACAACAAUAAGAUUCCAAGAAAGAGUGAGAUGGAAUCUGGCUUCAAAAUCCCAGUGGAGAACGGCGAGAAAGAACUCACUCCGCAAUUAAGUUCAAACACGCUUGAUCUCAACAUGAAAGCGGAUGAGGAAGAAAGUGAUGACCAGACAAAAGAGUUCAGCCCCAUUUCAAGUGACUUGACUUCAAAUGAUCAACAGAAUCCCCUUGGAUUCCUUGACUUGAUUGAGAAUCAUUUCAUUCUCAAUCGGGAUUUGACUCAGGGUAGGCAGAUGACAGAAAUGUUUCUGAACAAGAUCAGAGCUUCCUUUGAGGAGAUUUUUGGGAGUAAAAACUUGGAUUGUUUCACGGUGGAACAUAAUGUCCUGGAACAGAUUUCACUUGGUUCUGCUACAUUUCUUAACAGCUUGUUUGAAGAAUGGCUUAAAAACAUUUUCCAGCCUACCUUGAAAAUGGUUAACAAUAUUGGCAAGGAGGGGAUUAGCAUGAGACUUAGUCUUAGAGGAAAUGCGAAGGGCAAUGAUCUUGACAGUGGCUUCAAAGGGUCUUGUCUUCCAAAGAGUGUUCCAGUUUCGUAUUUGGACUAGAUUUUCUGAUCUUCAAAUCCACAUUAUCUCAUAUCCUUUUUGUGAGGACAAAGGCCCAAUCAUCUUUACAUCUGUGGAUUCAAGAACAUGGAAUCGGUGGGAGACGAUUCCACAUCACAAAAUCUGUCUAAAACAAUUUUACUACGACUCAGACAAGUAUUAUCAUUGUAGUUAUCCAUUAAGCAAAAUGUACAUAUGUUAAACAAAGAUCUCAGUGUUAAGAUAUCCUGCACUACUCCUACUGAAGCAUUUUCCCCUGGCCUGUGAGAAUGAAUUAGA